GGGCGUCCUCGGCCGGGCCGGGAGAGGUUCGGGCUGAAGUUAGGGACGGGAAGAGAGGAACAGAGAGCGCUGCCGGAAGCGGCGGAGCGGCGGCUCGGGGAGCCCCGCGGGCAGCAUGUAGCUGGGUGACAGCACGCAGACAGCCGCCGCUUGCCCCGCCGGGCCGGGAACCCCUCCUCAGCGCUCGGCUGCUCCGUUUCUCGUCACGGCUCUCCGUCGGCCGCCCGCCCGCCGCUGCCAUGGGGCUGCCCACGCUGGAGUUCAGCGACUCGUACUUGGACAGCCCAGAUUUCAGGGAGCGUCUGAAGUGUCAUGAGAUCGAACUGGAGAGGACCAACAAGUUCAUCAAGGAGCUGAUCAAGGACGGCAGUCUCCUCAUCGGGGCCCUGCGGAAUUUAUCCAUGGCAGUGCAAAAAUUUUCACAAUCCUUACAAGAUUUCCAGUUUGAGUGUAUUGGAGAUGCUGAAACUGAUGAUGAAAUUAAUAUUGCUCAGUCACUGAAAGAGUUUGCACGGCUCCUGAUUGCUGUAGAAGAGGAAAGGAGACGACUGAUCCAGAAUGCGAAUGAUGUGCUCAUAGCACCACUGGAGAAGUUCCGUAAAGAACAAAUAGGAGCAGCAAAAGAUGGGAAGAAGAAGUUUGACAAGGAAAGUGAGAAAUAUUACUCCAUCCUAGAGAAGCACUUAAAUUUAUCAGCAAAGAAGAAAGAAUCUCAUUUGCAAGAUGCAGAUACACAGAUUGACAGAGAACACCAAAACUUUUAUGAAGCAUCAUUGGAAUAUGUUUUUAAAAUUCAAGAAGUACAAGAGAAAAAGAAAUUUGAAUUUGUUGAACCUCUUUUGGCCUUUCUUCAAGGAUUAUUUACAUUUUACCAUGAAGGAUAUGAACUGGCUCAGGAGUUUGCACCAUACAAGCAGCAGCUUCAAUUCAAUUUGCAGAAUACCCGGAAUAACUUCGAGAGCACGAGGCAGGAAGUGGAGAGACUCAUGCAGAGAAUGAAAUCCGCCAACCAAGACUACAGACCACCAAGUCAAUGGACAAUGGAAGGCUAUCUCUAUGUGCAGGAAAAAAGACCACUUGGAUUUACAUGGAUAAAACAUUACUGCACUUACGAUAAAGGAACAAAAACAUUUACAAUGAGUAUAGCUGAAACUAAAUCUGGUGGAAAAGUGAAUGGCCUUGUCACAAGCUCACCAGAAAUAUUCAAGCUAAAAUCUUGUAUCAGGAGAAAGACAGACUCAAUUGACAAACGCUUCUGUUUCGAUAUUGAAGUAUUUGAGAGACCUGGAAUCAUCACACUACAGGCUUUUUCAGAAUCCAACAGAAAACUGUGGCUCGAAGCAAUGGAUGGAAAGGAACCAAUCUACACACUGCCAGCCAUUAUUAGCAAGAAGGAAGAAAUGUUCUUAAAUGAAGCAGGUUUCAACUUUGUGAGGAAAUGCAUCCAUGCUGUAGAAACAAGAGGCAUUACCAUCCUGGGGCUGUACAGAAUAGGUGGUGUAAACUCCAAAGUGCAAAAGCUGAUGAAUACCAUAUUUUCCCCUAAAUCUCCUCCUGAUAUGGAUAUUGAUAUGGAAAUCUGGGACAAUAAAACAAUAACGAGCGGACUUAAAAACUACCUCAGGUGUCUUUCAGAACCGCUGAUGACAUUUAAGCUGCACAAAGAUUUCAUUGUUGCUGUUAAAUCAGAUGAUCAGAACUACAGAGUUGAAGCAGUGCAUGCACUUGUACAUAAAUUGCCAGAGAAGAACAGAGAGAUGCUGGACAUCCUUAUCAAGCACUUGGUCAAGGUAUCAUUACACAGUCAGCAAAACCUUAUGACAGUAUCCAACCUUGGUGUUAUCUUUGGACCAACUCUGAUGAGAGCCCAAGAAGAAACUGUGGCUGCUAUGAUGAACAUUAAGUUUCAGAAUAUCGUCGUUGAAAUUCUUAUAGAACAUUAUGAAAAGAUAUUUCACACUGCACCAGACCCCAAUAUUCCUCUUCCCCAACCUCAGUCCCGUUCAAGUUCGAGAAGGACAAGAGCAAUUUGUCUCUCCACAGGUCCUCGUAAGCCCAAAGGAAGAUACACACCGUGUCUAGCAGAUCCUGACAGUGACUCAUACAGCAGUAGCCCAGAUAGCACUCCCAUGGGCAGCAUCGAAUCUCUCUCAUCUCACUCCUCCGAGCAGAACAGCACCACCAAAUGUGUGCCCUCUCAGCCCAGGGAGAAGUCAGGAGGGAUUCCAUGGAUUGCCUCUCCCCCUUCUUCAAAUGGCCAAAAGAGUUCAGGCCUCUGGACCACGAGUCCAGAAUCCUCAUCAAAGGAGGAUGCAACAAAAACAGACAUGGAGUCAGACUGCCAAAGUAUAGCUUCUGUCACUGGACCAGAGAAUGCCUCUCCACCAAUAGAUCUGACCAAGAAGAGUUCCUAUGGUCUGUCUGGCCUGAAAAGAUCUUCAGGUUCUUCUCUCAGAUCAAUUCCGUCAGCUGAAGGUAACAAAAGUUGCAGUGGAUCUAUACAGAGCUUGUCUUCAGCAGAUACAAAAGAUACACCAAAGGCUCCACUAAAUCCUGAUUUGCCUCCAAAAAUGUGCAGAAGAUUAAGACUAGAUACUGCAUCAAGUAAUGGCUAUCAAAGACCAGGAUCUGUAGUGGCUGCAAGAGCCCAGUUGUUUGAAAGUGCUGGUUCACUUAAACAAGUUUCUUCAGGACGACAAGCAAAAGCCAUGUAUUCCUGUAAGGCUGAGCACAGUCAUGAGCUGUCUUUCCCACAGGGGGCAAUAUUUUCCAAUGUGUAUCCAUCAGUGGAACCAGGCUGGUUAAAAGCAACUUAUGAAGGGAAAACAGGACUCGUUCCCGAGAAUUAUGUUGUCUUCCUCUAGUAAUCUUUAGUGGACAGCAAUAUCUUCAUGGUAUCCAUGGUAACAAAUAAUAAGCACUCUGAUUUUUUAUCUGACACAGAUAUGGGAUCAGCCCAUUAGCUGAGAGUGGUAGAUUUCCUUCAGAUACUGCAGCUGCAGGUCAUAUAGCUCCCUAUCAACGGAACAGAAUGUAAUGAAACAGUUAACAGUUACUGUACUGAAGACGGUACUCUGUUUAAAUAACUUUCUUUGUUUGCAAAAGGUUGUUCUGUUCUUCUUUUAUGGGUAAGGAACACUAGAGCAAUAAAAUCAAAAAAAUUGCCAUUUAGCUGCAGCCCUUCAGAUCCUAGGAUGUUACUCACAGAAGUGUGAAAUUUAGAGGGAAUGCACUCUAUGACAUUUCUUGGAAUCAAUAUUUUUUAAUAUGAAAAUGUUCAUAAGUGAUGCAUUGUGAUCUGAAUGCUUCCUUACGAAAUUUGAUUCUGAGAUUAGUCCUCAUCAUUUCAAAUAAGAAGCGAGUCUCUCAUAAAUCAGAAGUUUGAAUUUCUGCUAGUCAUUGAGAUCACAAUAUAUUAUAGAAUGUAUGUAACUGGUAGUGAAAUCAGAUUACUGCAUGAGCAGUAAAUGCUCAUUCAAAAUGUGAUGUUUAAUGAAUGUUUCAUUCAACUAAUUCUUAGAUUUAUUUCCUCCUUUCUAUGUGAAUAUAAAUAGCAAUAACUUGUAUUUCCAUGUUACCAGCCAGGUGGGAGAUAAUCUCAAUGUAUCUCAGAGCACCAGUUGUAGGAAACAAGGAGAUACUGAAUCUGGAAUGAUCAGUAGAUACCAAAUGAGUGAUGAGAAAGAGUGAUAUGUUUUCAACCCCGAGAUAAAAUGUAACUGAGUUCUUUUCAAGUUUUUCCAUUGUGAAUAAGACAAAUACCCUGUGAAGUAGCAGGUUUUAUAAGCUCAGGAUGCCAGAAGCUUCAUAUGGCAAUAAAAGUAUUUAGCGUUUUUUUAACCUGACUCCCACUGAAGUAUUUGGCAAAUGUUUCCCCCAUUCCACAGAAUAUUUAAUACAGUUUUUGUAUGCCUGGAACUGGGACUGGAAGAAAAAAAGGUAAAAAAAAAAAAAAAAAACACUAACCCAAACCCAGAAAAUAUAAGCAGCUUUCUAAACUGGAGCCUCUUUCUUGCACACCUUGAUAGGAAAACAUGCAGUGCUUAGUUAUCUUGUUACUGUGCUCUACUGAGAAACAAGAGACUUAGGCACCAUAUGAGCAGUUUUUCAGUGCUAGUGGUACAGAAAGAAUUCACUGUUUCAUAGAGUAACCCAGCCUUUGUUCUUUGUCCAGUAAGAGUAAGCAACAUAUAAACCUUGUAUUAAUUUCUAAGGUGUACUCUGCUUCCAGAAAGUUUAAGGGAGAACUAUUAGGACUAAAACCAGCAGUAGUCUACUGAUGGCUUCUUUUUUUUUCAUAGCAAUUUUUUCAUAGCAAUUUUUUUCAUUGUAGUUUAAAUUAGAAAAUAGAUUUACUGCCAACAUAAAGAAGCACAUGUACAUAGAGCAUGAUUUUUGCAGAACAAUUCUUUGUUGGAAUUCAGGCUGGUGGCAGAAGCCUGCAGGACCCCUCUGCUGGUUGACGUAUUAGUGGUGCUCCAGAAAGGGGAGAGCCUAGAGGAGCAUCCUUCUGCUUUUUCAGAUGGGGAGUCUGUGGCAUUAAGCCAGGCUAGGGCAAAUAAAGCUGAUUGCAGGCAGUUGAGGACAAGUUGAUUGAGCUAGUGACAGACUGACCUGGGUCCUUUCUUCACUCUAAGCAGCUUCAAAGGCGAGGGUCAGAUUGGGUAUCAGGAGGAGGUUCUGCACCAGAGGGUGGUGGGAAUGGAACAGGCUGCCCACGACUGUGGGCACAGCCCUGAGCUGCUGGAGUUCAAAGAACAUCUGAACAGUGCUCUCAGACAUACAGUGUGAUUUUUGGGUGGUUCUCUGUGGAGCCACAAGUUGGACUCGAUGAUCCUUGUGGGUCCCUUCCAUCUUGGGGUAUUCUGUGAUUCUAUGGUUAGAUCCCAAAGCUGUGUUCAGUACAUGGUAGUGAAGUGUUUGUCACAGGCAGCGGAGGCAAACAUAUGUGGGCUCAUUGCAUUUACCCAGAGCAGAUGUGAGAGGAAGUGAAGAAUGAUUCUAUGAUUCUAUGAUUCUGACUUUUCUCAUCAGAUUGAGCCUUUCUUUAUUUUAAAGCAAGCCAGCAUUUCCAUUUCUGACCAGCUUGCAUCUUCCUCUGCCCUAAGAUCAAAAUGGGUUUGUUUGUGUCUUUGCUUUAUUUCACAAUCCAAGAAUUGCAAGGUGUCAGAAAGCUUACCCCAGUUUGCUGCCCAGGAGCAGUGCUGCUGCAGGGGAAAGGAACGGGGAGGGAGACAGCUGCAAGCACAGACACGAGGCCUGCAUGUGUAUCACCUGUGUGGAGAAAUGCCAUACCCCGGGUCUGUCAAUAGUACCAGGCAAACUGGCCUCCAUUGAACAUCAUUUUAUGACCCCUCAUACCUAUUGGGAGGAAUUUAAUUGUGAAAUUCUCGAGAAACAGUGAAAUAGGAAAUUCUUGCUCUUAUUUGCUUUGCUUCAGUCCGUGUAUUUGUUUGGGUGUUCUCAGUAGUAGGUUCUGAAGCCAGCAGAUCUGAGUGCUAGCUAGAGGACUCAAAGAUGCUAAGUUCAUAUAAAGCAAAAAUAAAAAUGCAGAGUUCAGUUACAGAGCGUGUUAAGCAUUGAGGGAAAGGUUGUGGAAGUACUGGGAGGAAUCCCUGUGGAGGAGAGGUGGUCUGUUCCCAUGCAUUCAUCUCACGUUAGACACAAAAUUCAGCUGCAAAGAUAGCUUCAUAAGAAAGUGGAUUUCAUUAAGUCAGCUGCACACCAAACCAAUCUGUCUUCUCUUUAAGGCUGGGCACUUAUUCAGGCCCUUCUUCUGAACCAGACACGAUGAUCACACAAAUAAUUUGAAAAUAGCUUAGAUUUAAAAUGGCAUUUCCAUCUGAAAAUGUUACAUCCUUUUUUACUGACAGUUAAUAGUGACAGAUAUUAGGGUUAUUCUGUUUCUUUUUUCUACGGUACAUAACGAGCAUUUUCUGUAUCACCACACUGUGGGUUGUGGAUCAGCUUUUCUCUGACUUUCCAAGAGGGAGUUUUUCUCCACAAGAUGUGAUCUUGGAAGUUAAGUAACAGUGUUCACAGACUGGAAUGAGAGAGAGCAGCACCGCGGUCAUCUCAUGAUCCCUGGCCAAAUAUCCCUUCUCAAAACUGUAAAGGAGCAGAAAUCCAUGUAACAUUUAAAUGAAGAUACAAUAUCAGAUAGUGCCUUACCAGAAAAUUAGGCAAGCUGAACUAAAUUAGUUCACAGUAUUGAUUUAGUGUUUGUUUUUUAUUAAAGUCAGAUUCACUCUACAAGCAAAGUCUAAUUUUUUUAAUUUUCUUUGUAUUCUCCUUCAUAAAAGGAUGCGUCACUUUUCUCUGAGUAUCACUGUAGAAUUGCAGGUAGAUAAUACAUGAUGGCUGUUUGUUUGUGAAAAUGUCUGUGCCCUGAUCUUGUGUCAUUAGCCAUGUUUAUUCUAUGUUAAACGUUUGGUACGUGUUGCAGCACAACAUGAGCCAAAUUAGUAGUGUGAAGGACUGAUAUAUUGUAUGAUAAAUAUGUAAAGUAUAUUAAUAUUUUAUAUUCACACUUCUUAUUAAUGACGAUAAAGAUGAAAAAAUAUUUUUGAUGUAAUUUCUGUAAGUUCAGUGUUUUUGCCAUACUGUGGCAUUUAGAGUUCUAUGUAACAAAACUCUUAAAUUAAACUGUAGCUGUCUUAAGUCCCUACCUGAUCUAUAAAGUUCAUUUGUUUUAUUAUCUCUGGAAAAAAUGACACACAGAUUUGCUGACCAGUGCUACUCUGUGGUAGGAAUAGUAACUUAUUUUCCUCUUAUAUAUUUUUUGUCGAUAAACUCUAUUCUUCACCUGUAAUUGGAUUUGUUUUAAUAUGCCUUUAGAAAAGAUUCAUUAGGAAGAGAAGUUGCAAAAUUCAGCAGUUCAGAACAGUGGCUACAACAAGAAAAGCAUUAUGUGGCAGCAAUUGGAUUUUUGUGACGUUCUUCCACUUGUCCGUUUUCUACUUAAUAAGAUAGGAACCGAAUAAAUGGUGAACCCCAAAAGUCCAUUGCUCUUCAUGCUUCUUUUCCUAAGGUAAUGGGUGGUACAGUUUGGGAUUGAGCAGGGAGAAAGGCAGUAAGGGAGCUUGGCCUCAGCUGGGGGGAUGUCUCAACUGAUGGAAGCUCUCAGAGCUCUAGUGAACUCAAAGAUAGACCUUGGGCAAUUUAUAGUGAGGUUUUGCUGGCCAGAAGCCCUCAUGAAAUAAAUUGAAUAUUCUGCUAAUGGGAAAGCAUGCUAUGGCUUGGCAUUAUCCUUUUGUUUUCAGCAGUGCCCUGUGUGAAUCAUUCAGUUACCAGAUAAAAAGCAAUAAGCAACAUUCAGUCCUGCACUUCGUGGUCAUGCAGCCACUGGUGCUGCAGUCCUUCCAGUUGCUGUUCAUGCAAAAGUCAGACUGUUGAUCAGGCUGUGUUGGCACAGGUCCGGAGGUCUCUUUUUGCAUAGGAUUUUGCACGGGCUUUGGGAGUUUGCUUUGUUUUGUUUUAAUAAGGUGCUUGGUAUCCAAACAGCUACUAAUACAAUGUUGUAAUUCAGUCACUGAAGAUAAUAGCAUUGUUUUCCUUGUCCUGUAUGUGGCAGUAUUUAAUAAGCCGCUGGAUAACCUUUGUCGUUUUAAGUAUAGAGAAUGGUGCUUUAACCGUUGGAUGUCUCAGCUGAAAUCUAUUCUGCGACUGAGCUUUUUUGCAAGUGUUGUAUCAAGAGUUGUCAUUGAAGUUCUGUCACCAAAGGCUGCAAAAUUAUCUCAGCACUACAAGAGUUUAUAUUAUAGCAAAGGGAAGAGCAGCUGGAGAGGGCAAAUAGAUAGUUUCAAUUUUACAAGCAUAUUUAUGACAAUUUUGGAGGUAUUAGAGUUUAUAGGGGUAACUUUAGAUACUAUAUGGUAUUUUAAUAGGAAAGUAUAUACAAUCAAUUACUAUAUAUAUAUAUUUAAUAAAUGCCUACUAAAUUAUCUUAUUGAACUCUUUGUUUAUUUUGUGGUGUGGUUUCAAUAAUUAUCUGCACUCUGUAUAUAUCUACGUGUAAAUAACUGGCAUGACAUGCAUAAGCUGACUUGCAGACGUAAUUCUAUAUUGUACUUUACACUGUAUUUCAAAAAUUUCACAAAUGUUUUUAAAAAUAAAAAAACCUUCCUACAGA